AUGUCUUCGAACGUAGGACUUUCCACGCCCCGCGGUAGCGGCACAUCUGGAUACGUACAACGCAAUCUUGCGCAUUUGAAGCCUCGCGACCAGGGAAAGCCGUACUCCACCGACCUCGAUAGCCUAAAGCACAGACAACGAAAACCCGAUAAGGAAAUCCUAGAGCAUGACCGGAAACGCGAUGUCGAAGUCAAGGUUUUCGAACUGAGGGAUCGUUUGGAGGAUGAGGGUGUUGAUGAAGAAGAGAUCGAUACGCAAACAGAAGCGUUGCGGAAAAAGCUUUUGAAAGAGAUGAACAGCGGAAAUGGCCCAAACACCAAAGGACUGAAAAUGCAUCAAGUUCACGAAUUGGCCGAGGCGAAAAUCAAGCAAGAUGACAGAUUCAGAAGUGCGCUUGGGAUUAGUCGACACUACGAGGAAGGGAGUCACUGGAAAAAGGAUGAGGAGAGGAGAAUGGCGAAAUUGGAGAAGGAAAGUAAAGAGGCCGAUGGAAAGUAA